UCUGAAUAUUUUCUUCAAAGCUUAUUUACGACGUUUCUCAUUGUCUAUGCUAUAGAUACGCAUCCAGAGCGAUACAUACGGUAUAAAGCUUUUAGUGACAAAUGUAUAGUAAAAAUGAAGGAAAACGCUGUACUUAAGUGGCAAAAAGUUUACAAUCCUAGCGGCCCUCAACCACGACCUCGCCAUGGCCAUCGUGCAGUUGCCAUUAAAGAUUUGAUGAUAGUUUUCGGCGGCGGAAAUGAAGGGAUAGUUCAUGAGCUUCACGUCUUCAAUACCACCACGAAUCAAUGGUUUGUUCCUGUUACGAAAGGAGAGGUGCCUCCAGGAUGCGCCGCCUACGGCUUCGUGGUCGACGGAACACGUCUCCUGGUUUUUGGCGGCAUGGUAGAGUACGGCAAGUAUUCCAACGAUCUGUACGAAUUACAGGCCUCCCGGUGGGAAUGGAAACGUCUAAAGCCUCUGCCACCCAAGCAAGGCCUACCACCAUGCCCAAGGUUAGGUCAUAGCUUUACUCUCUUAAAUGGUAAGGUUUACCUCUUCGGUGGACUGGCCAAUGAGAGCGACGAUCCUAAGAACAACAUACCAAGAUAUCUCAAUGACCUGUAUACAUUGGAGCUGUAUCCGAAUUCAUCUAUGACGGUAUGGGACAUACCCAUCACUUAUGGUCAGUCACCACCUCCUCGCGAGUCACAUAGUGGUGUGAGUUACACAGAUAAGAGUACUGGAAAAUCCUCGUUGAUCAUAUAUGGAGGUAUGAGUGGCUCACGUCUCGGUGACCUGUGGGUGCUUGAUGUGGACAGCAUGACUUGGUCUCGGCCAGACCUGGGUGGCCCUCCACCACUACCCCGCUCUCUUCACACAGCAACUGUCAUUGGACAUCACAUGUAUGUGUAUGGCGGUUGGGUGCCAUUGGUUCCGGAUGAAUCAAAACUUGCAACACAUGAAAAGGAAUGGAAGUGCACCAACACACUUGCUUCUUUAAAUUUGGAUACCAUGACUUGGGAUUGCAUUGCCCUUGAUAAGUUUGAAGAGUGUGUACCCAGAGCUCGAGCCGGGCACAGUGCGGUUGCUAUUCAAACAAGACUCUACAUCUGGUCAGGCCGGGAUGGCUAUAGAAAAACUUGGAACAAUCAGAUUUGCUGCAAAGAUCUGUGGUAUCUUGAGGUUGGUGUGCCACCACAAGCGGGUCGUGUAGCACUUGUAAGAGCAGGCACAACUUCACUUGAACUCUGCUGGCCCGCUAUGAACACGGUCACUACAUAUCUUCUACAAGUUCAAAAAUGUGGUAAAGUGACUCCCACAAGGUUCCCGACAGCUACGGAACCGGUGGCAGCUCCUCCUCCUGCCUCACCUGUCUCUGGGCAACCGGAUGCUGCCAAAGCGUUUGGACUCACAUCACCUAUUGGGACUGGACUUCCACCAACCCCAAUUGACCUACCAAUAAGACCUGCGGCAGCCGCGGCGUCUCCAGCUGCCAAUCCCAUUGUAUCAACUCCACAGAAAGUCGUAUCCAGUGCUAUUAAAAUGCCUGGUCAAGCUGCCGUCAAAAUAUCUCCUAACACUCCGAAACAAACCUACCACGGCAAAACAGUUGUAAAAUCACCCGCUGCAGGCUCUUCACAGCAGAUAAAGGUCGCUGCGGUCACGCCACAAGGAGUGACUCGUAUUGUAAGCGGAGUAGCGACUCCUAACACAGUUCGUGUGUCCACCCCGCAAUCAAACGCUCAGAUAGUGCUCGGCGCGGCGGCGGGCUCGGCUGGCUCGCCGAGGUUCGUUCAAGUAAAAACUGGCGGUAACACUGGUGUCGUCAAAUUAGGAAGCAGUAAUGUGCCUGUGAAACUCGCGGGCAAUGCCGUUCCAUUAAAAAUUGGUGCAGCCAAUCUCCAAGGCAAAAUCACAGCAAACAGUGUACAGAAGGUCGGCACAACUCCGUUGAAGCUAGGUGCUGGAAAUGUAAAAAUAAGUACGAGCAAUGUGUUAGUGAAGACAGCUGGAGGAGUUCCCAUACAAGCCGGAGUCGGCAGUGUGCAAGUCAAGGCUGGAGUGCCGGUGAAGCUGAGCGCUGGUAAUCUGCCGGUAAUCGGAAGCUACGGUGGCGCGAUACAAAUCGCAAGCGGCGCCAUCGGCCAGCAAGUGAAAACUCCCGUUUAUAAAAUAGUGACGGCUAAAUCCAGUGAUCAAGGAACGGCUGUCACGAACGCCGUGUCAGGAUCUCCGGUCCUGAGGCAGGCCGGAGGUAACGUCAUCAUAAAGAAGACGCCGGGUGCUAGUUCACAAUCAAGCACGUCGCCCCAGUACGUGACACUGGUGAAGACCUCUACAGGUAUGACCGUGGCGACUGUACCCAAGAUGGCUGUGAUGCAGAACCGACCGGCGACUCCGGCCAGUGCUGCACAGGGGAUUACUCCUGGGGCGACGAUCGUCAAGCUCGUAUCGGCUAACUCAGUAGGCGGCAACAAGAUCAUAACACUACCACCCAAUAAGCUGCAGCUCGGCAAGACAGGUGUUGGAGGCAAGCAGACCAUAGUUAUCACCAAGUCAGCGAGUCAGUCACAACAGGGGCAACCGCAGUGAAGCAGUCGAAGACCCUCGGCUUGAGAGAUACCAGUGCCCUUAGCGUGCCGGCUAUUGUUGGUAGACUAGAAAUCAUCUCUAGAUUGUACAUUACGAUGAGGAACACUAAAGUGAAGUUGAUAAAGGAUGUGAUGGUCACCUGACUCUAUGUUAUUGGGUCUGUCUGUAGGGAAUGUCCUCUUAGAGUUUUUACUGAAACAUAUUAUUUACUCUUGUAAUUAUUUUCCAAGUUGUCUGUUUGCGUUAGGUCCCGUAUCUUUAACGAUCUGUGAAGUUGUUAUGGUGCAGGUGGACGUUUGUUGCCCGCCCCCUGUAUGAGCUAGUUGUACUGAUAAUGCAAAGUGCCUGCCGAGUUGCUCCGCUGCAGUGUAAGUAAAGUAGGAGGGCGAAGGGAUGUAGACUAUCACUUUUUAAUAUAAAUCAAUUAGAUUUUAAAAGAUUAUUCAAUUUGAGGUUUUAUUUUAUGUGUUUAUAGAUUUAUUCCUAAAUUAGAAUAUUUUUGUAUGUAACGCUAUGGAUAAGGAAAAAAAAUAAUAAUAUAAUUUUUCAUUAACUAUUAAUCAUGACCAAAUACUGCCAUGAUGAUGAACUAGACGUUACGUUGUUUAUAUACAAAAUUAUCUCACUCGUUUGCUGUGCAAUUAUUUUGCUGUCUUCCUUGCAUCUGUUUGGGACUGUUUCUUCGUGAAUAGUAGCCAUGGCAAGACACUACCGUGCUGAAUAGUAAUAUAUUCCCAAUAAUAAACUGAUGGCCCGGCUGUCAGGUAGUUCACCAAGUGAAUGCCUGCAUCACGGUCAUCGUGAGCAGUGUUAGAUUUAGUUAAAUCACAAUAUAAUAUUAUAUUAUGCACUAUUUAAGUUUUUUUUUAUGACAAAACCAUUGUUGAUGUUUAUGUGGUUUGAAUUUCAUCCGCGCGAUGUAGACUCCAUGGUCGAGGCUAUUUCUCUAUGACACCCGUCGGUCCAGCCGAGUAGCCGCUGGCUGAAACAGAUCACAGACUAUGCCGAUAUGUAAAGAAUAUUUUAUCCAAAUGUAUGUAAUCGAACUAUAACAUUGAAUUAUGUUAAAAAUAUGGCUAAAACUAUAAGGUCUUUAGAUUUCGUCAUAGUCGAAGGAGUGGUGUACGAUGUGCCUAAGUUGAAGGGAAUGGAGGUUUCUGAAAGCUAAAAUGUAAUUUAUAUUGACGUAAAUGCAGAAUAUCACUACAAAGUUGUGAAAAAGAAAGAUGUCUUACAUAUAAAUUCUGCAUUUGACUUAGUUUAAGCUAGUUGUAUGUUAGUGUAAGUCGAAGUAAGGGAGCUGCGGAAUGUAAAUAUCAGUAAGUAGAUAAAUUUGAUGUUAUAGUUUGUUCAUAUUAUGUUCAUUUGCUUGAAUAAACGAUUUGGAUAA